AUGUCAGGAGUUUGGUUUUCCAAGAAUACUGGGGUUAUUCGUUUGGUCGAAAAUCCAAGUGAAGAAGAGCAAUCAAUUGGGAGAAAAAGAAAGGUUUUGGUACAUUUACCAACACAAGAAAUUGUCUCAUCUUAUAACUCUCUUGAGAAAAUUCUCACUGAUUUGGGAUGGGAAAAGUAUGAUUGUGGAGAUGAUCCUGACUUUUAUCAAUUCCACAAGAAAACUCCCACUGACUUAUCAAUCUCUCUUCCAAAGGACUUUGCCAAGUUUAACACAGUUCAAAUGUACGACAUCGUCUUUAAAACGCGUCAUAUAUUUCAUGUUCGCUACAUCUAA